GAAGAGAGAGCAUAUAUACUUGGGUUUUUUCUCUUAGCUUUCUUCUUGCUCUCUAGCCUUUUUUUUUAUUCCUAUAGGGAAUUGAAAAGGAAAUAUAUGGAGAAUAAGAUGAGUUUGUCAGUUGCAGACGCAGUGGACUACAAGGGGUUCCCUGCUGACAAGUCUAAAACUGGUGGUUGGGUGUCUGCUGCUCUUAUACUGGGGAUUGAAAUAUGCGAGCGACUAUCAACAAUGGGAAUAGCAGUGAACCUUGUCACAUACUUGGGAGGAACAAUGCAUCUUCCUAGUGCAACUUCAGCCAACACUGUAACAGACUUUAUGGGCACUUCAUUUCUCCUCUGUCUGCUAGGAGGCUUCCUUGCAGAUUCUUUCUUAGGCAGAUACAAGACUAUUGCCAUUUUUUCUGUAGUCCAAACCCUGGGGACUGGUUUGUUAGCAAUGUCUACAAGACUUCCACAACUCCGCCCGCCUCCCUGCAAUACUACAUUGUCACGAAAAUGUGAAGAAGCCAAUGGGUUCCAAAUGGGGAUUCUUUACUUGUCUCUCUAUCUAAUUGCAUUGGGGACUGGUGGCCUUAAAUCAAGUGUUUCAGGAUUUGGAUCAGACCAGUUCGAUGAGAAAGACAAAAAGGAAAUGACCCAAAUGACUUACUUCUUCAAUAGGUUCUUCUUCUUCAUCAGCAUAGGAACUUUGACGGCUGUUACAGUGCUUGUCUAUAUACAAGAUGAAGUGGGUAGAAGUUGGGCUUACGGAAUUUGUUCAGUCUCCAUGUUUGUUGCCAUCUUGAUAUUUUUGUCAGGGACCAAGAGAUACAGAUACAAGAAAAGAAUGGGAAGCCCCAUAGUCCACAUUCUGCAAGUCAUAGUAGCAGCUACAACGAAGAGGAAGAUUGAACUUCCCAAAAAUGUUAGCUUAUUGUAUGAGGAUUCUCCUGAGGCUACAAGAAUCCAACACUCGGACCAGUUCUGUUGUUUGGACAAGGCUGCAAUCAUUCUAGAAGAAGACUACCAAAGAAAUGUUUCCUCGACUCCAAACCCUUGGAAACUAUGCUCGGUGACCAGAGUUGAAGAAGUGAAAAUGAUGAUCAGGCUACUACCAGUUUGGGCGACGACGAUCAUAUUCUGGACGACAUAUGCACAAAUGAUCACCUUCUCUGUAGAGCAAGCUUCAACCAUGGAGAGAUCCAUUGGGCACUUUCAAAUCCCAGCAGGCUCCCUCACAGUCUUCUUUGUGGGAGCCAUAUUGAUUACCCUGGCAGUCUAUGACUGUUUGAUUAUACGUCUCUGGAAGAAAUGGAAAGGGAAACCAGGUUUCACCAGCCUACAGAGAAUUGCUAUUGGACUCGUCCUCUCAACAGUAGGAAUGACAGCUGCAUCACUAGCUGAGGUGAAACGUUUAUCAGUCGCGAAAGAUGUCGGUGGCACCACCUCGACUACUCUACCCUUGAGCGUUUUCCUGCUAGUCCCACAGUUUUUCCUUGUGGGUUCCGGAGAAGCGUUCAUAUACACAGGGCAGCUUGAUUUCUUCAUAACCCAGUCGCCGAAAGGGAUGAAGACAAUGAGCACCGGCUUAUUCCUCUCAACUUUGUCACUCGGCUUCUUUGUCAGUAGCCUCUUGGUCUCGGUGGUGAAGAAGGUGACAGGGAGCAACGAUGGGCAAGGAUGGCUAGCUGAUAACAUCAACGAUGGGAGACUCGAUUGUUUCUAUGGCCUUUUAGCUGUGUCAAGCUUCAUUAAUUUUUUGUUGUUUCUUCUUUGUACCGUCUGGUACAAGAAGCAAAAGCCUCAACGUUCUCUGCAGAUAGAAAUUGCUGCUAAUGGUUCUUCCGCUGAGGAAAUUUGUUAGUGCUCUAGUUUGGGUUCUUCUUUCAGUGCCUAUGUAUUAGCAGUGCUCUUUAGCUUGGCUUUAGGGAUCAUAAUCUAGGAUAUGGGGUUUGCUUUGUUGUACAGUGGGUUAUUGCUGAUAAAUUCUAUGGAUUUUGUUCUCUUAGCUUCUAAUUAAUUAAUUUUGUGUCA